ACUUCGAAUUCUAGAGAAUGUUUCAAAUCAUUAAACUGAUUCGCGUAAACAGUAGAAUUCAUGCGAAUUCAGAUCUAAAGGAAAUUGGGAGCAAGGAUACAUAAAAUUGGGGGAAUUCAAAAAUGAAAUUGUUUAAAAUUUAAGCGUUAGUAACCAAGUUCAUGGUAAAAUGUAUGUCGCUUAAUUAAGUCUAAAGCUAUUAUUCACAAGUAAAAUUAUAUUUAUUAUAAAUUUCUCUUAAUUUGGAUAUUAAAAAACCUCAUUUUGUAGAUUGCAAGAGUACGAAAUCAAGAAGACGUACAUAUUUGUUGUUAAGAAUCCGUUCGUAAUAUAAGUAAAUUGCUAGAACAAUGGGUGAAUUUGUGGAGAAUAUAGAAAGAAUUGCCCUCGAGUUGCUGAGCAACUUGGUUCAUGGCAAUGCCACUCUUAGUGUUCCCCGAAAUUCAUCCGGCAACGUGAUCUCGGAAUAUCGACGAGUCAGCUAUAAUAAUCGCGGAAGUCGUCACAGCUUUUGCGUGCUGAUUUAUAUGAUCUCCCGGGUGCACCGAUUGCAAGUCCGCGGAGGAAGUUUCACCGUUCGUGGACUAUACUAUGACAAUCCUCUGCUAGUCCGGUCGCAGUCCAGGAUUGCCGAAGCCAGGCUAGAUGUCUGUCGUAUGCUGAGCACAUCCCCCCUAAGCUUGGGCAUACUGGCCGCCUCCAAGGGCCUGGUGGCAGGCGACCUAAGGCUGCUGAUGACCAACGGAGACGUUCUGGACAGUAGCUUGUAUGGUGGACCUCUGACAUUGCCCACGGAUCCCGAGAAGAUAGAUCGUAUCGAAACGCAGGCGGAAUUUGUGCUGAUUGUUGAAAAGGAGUCAGUGUUUGAGAGUCUCUUAUCCAGAAAUGUAUUUGGUACUUUUAAACGACGCUUCAUCCUGAUAACUGGAAAAGGAUACCCCGAUUGCUGUACCCGGAGGAUUGUCCAUCGGCUCACCGAGGAGAACCAACUAGAGGCCUACAUUCUCGUGGACGCCGAUCCAUUUGGUGUCGAGAUAAUGCUCGUCUAUCGCCAUGGCUCACAGUCCAUGAGUUUUUCCAGCCAAGGACUAACCACACCUGCACUGCGUUGGAUUGGGCUACACCCCUCGGAGAUUCCCGCACUCGGCACUGGAGCGGUUGCCCUGGUUGCCGGCGACAACAAGAAAAUCAAUGACCUCCUCGCCCGCCACAAUUUGGAGCCGGGAGUGCGGCAGGAACUGCGCAUGCUGCAGGACGUUCAGUUGAAGGCCGAAAUCGAGAGUGUCAUCGACUUCCUGACCGACGACUAUAUACCGAAUAAAAUCAAUCGGAACUUGUUUUUGUAGAGCUAAGUGGUAAACCCCAUAAGCCAAAUAUUAUUGCUUACGUACUCUUGAAUUAUUAUUAGUUUAAAAGAUGUUUAGGUAUGCUAAUAAUUAGUUUGUAAAAAACGUAUCUCUAUAAAAAUACCAUAAGACUCCUGAAACAGUAUGUAAAUAUUAGUUCGCGUAAUCAGUUUUCCA